UCUGAUAAUCCGCAGCAUUGGAGUAACACAAGUCCUGAAAACAUUUCAAAAUGGCAACCAUCAAACACCUAUUGGUCUUCUUUGCAAUCUUGGUCUCAUCAGCUCUGACCUUGGCUCAAGACUCAAGUUCAGAGCCUCCGAUUCCUGGAUCGUCAGAUGUCCCUGAUGUAUCGACUAGUGCUCCUUAUGAUGGCUCGUCCACCCCGCACAUGGCAUCGUCAGCUGCUGGACUCUAUGGGCAUUUCCCACUGAGCAACUUCAACUGGAACCAAAUCCUUGGUGCAAGCGUCUUUGGAGGUAACUCUCGACAGAAGAGAGCGUCCGAUUAUAUCGUACUUUGCAACUUUAUAAAGGAGGGCUACUCCCUCUGCACCUCUUGUAAUACGGUCCGCCGCUGCUUUCCCUUCAACAUUGGCUUGGAGUUCAAAUGCAGUGAUCCCCAUCCUUACUGUAGAUAUGGCCGGUGCUCUGAAGAUGAGGGAGGUCUUUGUACUACUACUACUGAUUCUACUUCAACCGUCGAAAGAACUACAUCUACAGCAGAUUAUAUGUAAAAAAUUUAUGGAAAUUGUCGUUACUAAAUUGAAAAAAAUAUUAUGAUAAGUCGUGAGUUGGUUCUACAUGGGAAGAUGAUAUAAAUAGAAUUGUAUCAUUCUCACAAUUCUUAAAUGGUCACUGUCUGCUAUGAUUUGUCAUUUAGUGUUUGAUUUUCGGAUUUAAUCGGGUCUUUAGCCUUUGAAACUGUUUCAACUAAAAAGGGCUUUAUAAUUACGAAAAUUAGUUACCAUUACAAUAUUGUCUGAAUUAGUUAUAGAAAAUGUAGUGCGUAGAUUGUUUAAAAAAUAUGCAUAAACCAUAAAAUAAGAUAACAAAUAUAUAUUUUAAUGUAGAGUUAUUUAAUUCAGAUAGAUUAGUUAUUAGAAAACGGAAUUGAAAAUGUCCAAUUAAACUAAGUAUAUUUCAAAAGCAAA